AUGGCUCUCGAACCAACUCCUACCUCAACUACUGCUUCUACUCUUGUUUCAGUCACUACUCCUUCCCUUUCAACUAUACUUGUUUCAGCCUCCUCUCUAAACAUCUCACAAUGUGUCACACUAAAACUCUCAUCAAACAACUAUCUACUCUGGAAAACUCAAUUUGAGUCCUUUCUCUCAAGUCAAAAUCUGCUUGGCUAUGUCAAUGGUGGAACUCCACGUCCUCCCUCGACAGUCACUGUCAGAUCUGGAGAAACAACCUCAGAAGCUCCUAAUCCAAACUUCCACACAUGGAUGCGCAACGAUCAACUGGUUCUUGCUUGGCUCUUCGGCUCUCUCUCAGAAGAAGCACUCCGUAAUGUCUACGGCCUCCACACGUCUCACGAGGUAUGGAAAAGUCUAGCCAAAAAGUUUAAUCAUGUUUCAGUCUCUAGAAAACAUGAUCUCCAGAGACGUUUAAACAAUGUACCUAAGAUAGGAAAAACCAUGGCUGCAUAUUUAGAUGAGAUUAAGGCUAUUAGUGAUCAGUUAGACUCCAUAGGCUUCCCAGUCUCAGAUCAGGAGAAAAUUUAUGGUGCUCUAAGUGGAUUAGGUCCAGAAUAUCAGUCUAUUGACACAUAUGUUGAGAACUCCAUGGACCAGUUCCCAGGACCAACCUUUGAAGAUGUGGAGUUCAAGCUGAUCAACUUUGAGAACAAGCUUCUCAAAUAUUCUGAGACACCUGCAGUCUCUCCUCAUCUGGCGUUUCACACUGGUCGUGAGUACUCCAACAGAGGACGUGGUCAGAAUAAUGGCAGAAAUAGAGGUUACAGAGGACGUGGCUACUCUACUCGUGGUCGUGGAUUCCACCAACAGAUCAACACUUCAAACUUCGGUUCCUCUGAACGACCUACUUGUCAGAUCUGUGGGAAGUACGGUCACUCUGCAGUAAACUGCUCCAAGCGGUUUGAUCAUGCCUACCAAUCAGAAGAACUUCACAAUGCUUUAGCGGCUAUGAGGAUAACAGAUCAAUCAGGUCCACCAGGACAUGAGUGGUAUCGAGACUCGGGUGUUAUUGCACACAUCACCAACAAUGUGGAAGCUCUCCAGUCCGCUCAACCUUACACUGGUGAUGAUAGAGUAAUGGUAGGGAAUGGAGACUUCCUUCCCAUCACUCACAUUGGUUCAGUUCCUCUUCAAGGUACAUUUCUACCUCUGAAAGAUGUAUUGGUCUGUCCUCAAAUGGCUAAGUCUCUUAUGUCUGUUUCAAAACUCUGUGAUGAUUAUCCUUGUUCCGUCAAAUUUGAUUCUGAUGGUGUCCUUGUGAAGGACAAGCGGACAAAGCUGCACCUAGCAUAA